UUGCUAUAUCUUACGCUCAAAACGUACGGAUAGUCGAAAUCAAGAAUCGACCGCCCUAUUUGAUCCCUUUAAGCUAAUUUAGUAUUUGUUUUCGCUAUCUUCGGUUCUUGGAGCAGCAACUCAGAUCAUGUCGAGUACGAAAGAAGAGAAAAAUCAGGAUGCCGCCGACAGGAUUAAGGCUGCAGCAAUGAGUGCUGCAAAAGGUCUUAGUCGUGCGCAGGCUGAAAGGGCUGCAGCUGCAGCUGCCCGUAAUGUAAAUGCCUAUGGACAAAAGGAAGAAGGGCCGAGCCGAUGGCAAGAGAAAAGGGAGGCGAAGCGGCAGAUGUAUUUGAUGAGUACAGAAAAACAAGUUAGGCUGGGUGAACGAAAAGAUCUUAAGUCUUCGAUGCCAACUGCCGGUGGAACCGGACAAUGUCAGAAAUGUUAUCAAACUGGACAUUGGACUUAUGAGUGCAAGAAUGAAAGGGUUUAUAUGGCACGACCGUCACGGACACAGCAGCUUAAGAACCCUAAGCUGAGGAUGAAGCUUGCUAAUUCUUAUGAUUUGGAUAAUCCAGAUGAUAAGGAAGAGAAGGGUAAAUCAUCCAAGAAAAGCAAGAGGAAACAUAGAUCCGAUUCUGACUCUGGUAGUGAUAGUGAGGCUUCAGUUUUCGAGACUGACAGUGGGGCGUCAUCUGUUACAGAAUCUGAAUCUUCUGAGGAAGACAGUUCAUCUUCUGAUUCUGAAGAGGAGAGGAGGCGGCAAAAGAGGAAGAAGAAGCAGAAGAAAAAGGUGAGCCGCAGGAAGUACAGUUCUACUUCUGAGUCCUCCCAGUCUGACUCUGAAUCUGAUGAUAAGGGCAGCCGGAGGAAGAGGAGGCACAGCAGGAAGCGCUAAAUGAGAUUAUCGAGAAGAAAUUAGAAGUCUUUCAUAUCAGCUUCACUCAUACCUGCACCAGUAGCACACACUAAGUUGGUGGAUGUGUUGGUUUUUAGUUGUUUUGCUGCAUUGUUGCUUUAUGAUGUAAUAGUAUUCAGUCAAUGUAGCUCAAUUAACAUUUUCAAAUUCAUUUUGGUUGCUGAUGUCUUCUUUUAUAUGUUUGUGAAUGCUAUUAAUUAUUGGUGGUGUUGGCAGCA